AUGGGCAUAUGUACAUAAAAAUAAAGGCAGGUUGUUUAACUUCAAAUAGAAGAAUAAAAUUUUGAAUCUUAACCUUAAGUUGAUAAAUUUUAAAUAAGAACUGACAUUUUUAUAACUCUUAAGAAGGGGUCUAUUUGGCAGUUUUACAGAAUGGAGAAAAUUUUGGGAUCUGGUAUCAAAUAAUAUCUAUUUUUGAGGCAAAUUAGGGGAGCUUAGAUUAGUUAUUCAUAAAAGUACAGGAUUAAAAAGGGCAAUGAAAAAGGUAAUAAAAGAUUAAGCAGGAUAAUAAUUCCAAGAGUAGGAGGAAAACACAAUCUUAGGAGCCAAUAUCCUUAAAGAAUUAAAUCAUCCUAACAUUUUAAAACUGUAUGAACUAUUUUAGGAUGAAAAAUAUUAUUACAUAAUAACUGAGUAAGAGUUAUAAGAAUAAUUAGAUAUCUAGAGGGAGAGGAAUUAUUUCAAAAGAUUAUAAACCUCAAACAUUUCACUGAGAAAAUCGCUGCAGAUUAUAUGAGACAAAUAUUAGGCGCUGUAGUACAUUGUCAUGAGAAAAAAAUUGUUCAUCGAGGUUUAAAACCAGAAGUCAUUAUUUUUGAAAACAAGAAACCCAAUUCGAAUUUGAAAAUUAUUGAUUUUGGAUUAUCCUGCAAAAUUGAAAACAAUUAAAAUUUAACUGAAAUAUGUGGAUCCGUAUUACUAAAUAUUUAAUUUAUUAGCGAUAUUAUAUUGCCCCUGAAAUAUUGAAACAAAAUUAUAAUGAAAAGUGUGAUGUGUGGAGCUGUGGAGUUAUUCUCUACAUAAUGUUAUGUGGUUAUCCACCAUUUGGAGGUAAAUACAAUGAGAUAUUACCAAAAAUUUAAACAGGGAAAUAUGAAUUUGAACGUAUGUAUUUUCAAUUAAGAUUAUAGCGGAGGAUUGGAAUACUAUAUCGGAUGAUGCAAAAAAUUUGAUUAAUAAGAUGUUAACUAUGGAUUUUUCUAAAAGAAUUUCAGCUUAAGAAGCUUUGAAUGACCCAUGGAUUUAAAAAAAUGCACCUAUGGCUCCGUGUAAGUUCAAAGCAAUUAAAAAUUUAAAUUCUUUUUUUGUAUACUAUUCAUUAUAUUUCUAGUGUAAAAAUAAGGUGAGAGCUGCAUUGAUGCAAUUUAUUUCAACUAAUCUUAUGACAAAUGAAGAAAAAGAAGCUUUACUUUAAGAAUUCAGAAAAAUAGACAAAGAUGGCAAAGGUUAAAUUAGCAAGGAAGAUUUAUUUUUAGGUAAACAUAAGAUAAUCAUAGUCUAUCUGGAAAAAUACAAUGAUAUCAAAACGAAUCAAAUGGUAGAUGAUAUCUUUGAAAAAUUAGAUACAAAUAAAUCUGGUAUUGUGGAUUAUACCGAAUUUAUUACAGCUGCUGUGGAUGAGGAGAAAUUAUUAAAUAAAUUUAGAUUAUAAUAAGCAUUUAAGAUGUUUGACUUAGUAAAUUAUUUAAUCAAUUUAAGAAUGGUGAUGGUUAUAUAAAUAAAGAUGAUUUUACAGAAAUGAGUGGAGGAAGCAAUGAAAAUCUAUGGAAAGAAAUUUUAGUUUUGUGUGAUUCAAAUGGUGAUGGUUAGCUCUCUUAAUAAGAAUUUAUUGAUAUCUUAGUAAAGAAAUAUAAUUGA